AUGAAUCGGCUAGCAGAAGAUGUAACGGAUUCGCGAUCGAAUGUGGUUGGAAGAAAACGCGCUUUGCACACAUCCUCAGAGCAAGGUAGAGAAGUUAUCUCAAUUGAUUCUUCUUCUGAUGAGUCUCUGAAGCAACCUCGAAAGAGGGCAAAGCAAGAUACAGAGACAGCUGCCACCUAUUAUGCCCAAGCUGAGGUCGAUCUCACAUCUUCGCCAUUGCAAGACGAACCGGCAAGAGCUGUCAAGUCUGGGGCAAAUAUUGGACAGCCGGUAGCCUGGAAUCAAGGUGUACAGAACGGGCUACGAACAUCUUUCCAGCGCAAGCAACCGUCUUCAUCCCAGAAUUCUUCCUUUAAACAACCAGAGCAAGGCGCAAAUAAUAACGGGCAAGGUUUCCUCGGUCCACAGAGCGCUAAGGUUGAUCUUAAUACUGUUGAAAAAUUUGGAGGAGCAUCCAACCACAAGUCGAUCUCAUCCAAAAAUCAAUUCAAGAAGCUAAAGGGUGAUAAGCAGCUGGCCGUGAUGACAGCAUAUACCCAUGAUGUUUCUACCCUAAUAGAUCUUCAUGGUUGGCCACUACCACAAGAACUUCAACAGAGCUGCAUGAAGUAUAUUGAAGAGGGAUUGACAUUUUACCCUACUCCAAACCCAAAGGAUCAGCCUAUGGGGAAGUAUUCGUGGCGCGGCAGUGACGUCCAUUUGCGAGAAAUGCAUGAUAUGGAAGGCAGACCCAUUAUGAUUGAACACAUCACUUAUCCUGAUGUUGUUCGUGCACUUGUGGCAGACAACAAAGACUUGCAACAUAUUCUGACAGAAAAGCGUGCCAAGGCUGCUUUCAAAGCUUAUUUGACUCAUUUCUAUAACCACGUUCCAAAGAGAGAGAUUUUUGCAUCUUCCCUUAUGGAGAAAACUCUCUCCCUUGAAGAAAUUCUAAAAAACUCUGAACCAAACGCUGCUCCAGCCAGAGCUUCUGGCAAAUCUGCACCGCCAACUUUAGCCCGCGCAGUUGAUCAUUAUGAUUCGAAUGUUCUCCCGUCAAUUGGCAAUAAUCGUCUAGUCGAAUACGAGGCUCCCAUCGAACAUAACAAUGCUUCUGCUUCCAAUUCUACAACAGAAUUCAUUGGCCAAAAGAGCACAAAGCUUGUUCCGACUCUGGUUACAAACGUUAUCGACCCGACCAGAGAUCACAGGAUCCUCACUGGAGCCGAUAAAGUUGGAAGCGAAAUGGAUAUCCCUUCAAAUGGCGGUUCUGGCGGUAAGGUUGAUUAUGACCAGGAUUUUGAGGCCUCGCGCGAAACGGGCUCAAGUCCGGAACUAACUCCAGGAGAUCGUGCUGCAAUUCUGAAGUACUUCCCAGCCACUGAUGGCAUCGUCCUCAGAAGAUGCUUGGUUUGCGGCUCCAGUGGACACGAACGAGCUGAAUGUCCUCAUAAUGCGUGUUCUUCUUGUGGCAGCAAGGGUGAUCACCUGACUCCAGCAUGCCCUCAAACUAUUGUCUGUGGUAAGUGUCGAGGAGUGGGUCAUCAGAUCUCGCAUUGCCCUGAAAAGCUGCGUGCUGCCAAGGAGGAUAUCAAAUGUAUCACAUGUCAAUCUCCAAGCCAUCAUGAAAAUCAAUGCCAUUUCAUCUGGAGAAGUUUCCUUCCUGGCCCCGAUGAGAUUAAGAGGGUUCGAGAUAUUUCGGUAUAUUGCUACUUUUGUGGUCGUUCGGGUCACUUCGGCCCUGAGUGUGGAAUCCAUCAUGGUACACCUGCCUCUGGUGGACUUUCUUGGUCAAAAUACAAUUUGGAGAAAUAUCUUGAUGGUCCUACUAGUUAUGAUGCUAUGUCUGCAGGAGGUAAGGCUUAUUCAAUUCCGAGUCGUGCAAAGAAAGGUUUUAGCAUCAAAGGAAAAGCCAAUGAUCCUAUCGAGUUGGAUGACAGCGAUGAUGAUAAUGAUGAUGAUGAUGAUUUCAUACAUCCAAAAGUCAACAUGGGUCCCAGAAAUGGACAAAUUUCAUUCUCCCAAGCUGGUGGAAUGCAAUCCUUCAAUCAGACACCUUUCCAGUUUCAAGCCAACGUUGGAGGGGACCCAAAUAGUAGAGCACCCUCUCGAAACCAAGGCGGUCGUGGCGGUCGUGGAGGAGGGGGAGGAGGUGGUGGUGGUCGUGGUGGUCGUGGUGGUGGUAGUGGCGGAGAGAAAAAGAAGCCAAAGCAUAAAUCUGGAAACUCACCUCCUAGAGGCGGAGGUUCGGGUCGUGGAAGAGGCGGCCGUGGCGGACCCAACAAGGGACCUGCUCGAGGAGCUCCACGUGGUCGCCACUGA